AUGGCAUUAAUCGGUGUCUUUUCGUGUGUUUGUAUUCGAAAAUAUUGGAGAGGCAGACCAUUCUAUUCUCCAAGUCAAUGGGUCAAUAAGACUAAACCAUUUUCACGAGCUCUUCAAGAACAUCCCGACAGAUUUCAAUCCGGUUCAUGGUCUGGUGAAUAUUUUCAAGAUGGUCGGUAUCAUCAAUUGCCAGUAUGUACAAUAAAAUUCGACUAUGAUCGUUCGACACUAACCGGUUACGGAACGGAUGAUGUUGGAGAUUAUACACUACGAGGUGUUUAUUCAACUAGAAAUCUAAAAAUGGGCAUUGUGAAAACGUAUACUCUUGGCACAGGCCCAAAUAGACGUCAGAACUUGGGACACGAUGUUAAUAUUCAGUUGGAGUGGAAUGAAAAUGGGGGAGAUUUUCAAGGCAAAUGGUAUGUGAGAACGUCUGAAUAUCAGGGUGAAAAUAUAUAUAAACUUCGAUGUUCGGAUCCAUUGCCGCCAGUAUAUGACACAUUAAGUUUUGAAUGA